GCGACGAGAGCUCUCUACCAAUCAGAUUAUGGAAUAGUCGUGUUUUCGCUAGACUUGACCUGUAUCAACAUGGCUGAACAAACUGAAGAUCUCAAAGCUUUUGAAAGAAGACUUACAGAAGUUAUAAGUGGUCAUCAACCAGCAGCCAGAUUUUGGAGAAUAAUUUUCAUCAUUGUCUCCUUGUGCACCAUGGUGGGUGCGUGGACUUGGCUCUGGGAUCCUGAAACAUCACAAAUAAGUUUAUCUCAAUCACUGUGGAACCAUCCAUUUUUUACAAUCAGCUGUUCUGUUCUUUUGUUUUUGUUCCUCUUUGGUAUACACAAGAGAGUGGUUGCUGCUUCCAUCAUUGCAUCUAGGUGUCGCACAUUUCUUGCUGAGUACAACAUGUCCUGUGAUGAUAAUGGAAAGCUUAUACUAAAGCCUCGUCCUGCUCCAUGACAAGAAGACGUCUUUAAUUUGCCUCGAAGAAAGUCACUGUCAUCUGUAAUUAGUUGGGUUAGAAGGAGGUUUAAGCGGCCCAGACUUAGAAGCUGAUAAUUUUGUGUAAAAUGAAAAAUGUUUCAGAAUGUGUCAGACAUCAAAACAAAAUUCCACCAGUGUAGUAGUUAAAUAAAAUGUCUGGUCAGGAGUAAUUGACCGCUUGAGUCUUUAGUGUUCGUGCCAGUUGAUAAAAACUUGAUUGAAAGUCCAAAUUUGAAGUAAUGACAUUUAAAUUAUAAUGGUACUAUUGAUACAAAGGGUUUUCAAUUAUAUUGAAAUUCUUGUUCUAGUCAUUAUUAAUGAAAUGAUGAGAUUUCAAUCCUCUAUAAAUUAUGAAUGGAGUUUUUUUGCACUUACUGUUAGCAAACUGACUCUGUAAUUAAUUCACAUUGUGUGGUUAAAAAUUAUACUCUGUCAUGACAAGUUCAGCUUUAUUUUAUUGUUUUAGUUUGAGCAAACUAUAUUUUCUUAACUUUUUACCUUUGUUGAACUUAAGGGCCUGAAGAGUAGUAGUUUUAAAACAUAAUUGGAUAUCUACAUAGUGGCUGAUAAAGUUACAGUGCUAAACCAGCACAAUUACUACAACACUGUAUAAUUUAGAUGAGGAGUAAUAUAAAAACUAUCAGACUUUAUUAGUUAUGAAUGCAUGCUGCUUCACUUUUAACUGUAGUAAGCAGUUUGUGAUUGUGUUUUGUUACCCCAACUAGUUGCUAUAAUUCUUAGAAUAAUAGAAAUUUUUAUUUUAACUAAACAUUUCUGUAGUGACAGUCUUAAACUAUUUUUAAGUGCCCUUUUACUCAGAAAGGUUUUUUUAAGUUUGUUCUUGGUUUAUUAUAUUUACAUUAAUCAGGAAUAAUUUAUUUAACAACUAGGGCCUGAAACAUAAUACUUUAGUCCUCACCGUAUUCAGUUUUGUGAAUUCUGAUUAUUAAAUUAACACAUUUCAAAUCUUGAGUUUUAAAACAUUUUUGCAUAACUGGACAGUUGUUUUUUUUCAUUUUUAAAACUAAGAAUAUUAGCCCCAACUGUGUGUUUUGAUAUAAAGGCUGACCUCCUUCAAGUGUAUAAAUAACAUUUCCAAAAAUUGUGUGAGGCAAUUAAAGAUGCUAUUGAUUGUUUUCUGAACAUGUAUAUUAUGUACAUAAAUAUCUAUGGUGUACUGUAUAAUUACCUGUGUAGUGUGUAAGCUUUAGUGAGUAUUAUUGCAGAAUGCUGAACUAGUUGAUCUCUAUAAUGUUGUGUAUAAAAAUACAUUUUCUUAUGUUGAUCACAUUGUUGCAAUGUAAAUAAAAUUAAAUCAUCAUAAUUUGAA